AGAGGGAUUGGAUAUUUACACGCGGCAGAGUUUUUCUUCAUCUUUCUGUCUUCUCCAUCACUCGCACGCGGAUUUUAGGCUUUGGGUUGGGAACAUUUAUGGGUUGCCGGUAGGACGCAAGGACAGCUGACUCGCGAUGGCCGUGGCUUUGGACGCAGUGUGGAUGAGGGUGAAGAACGUCUGCAAACAGAAUGGGCUCCUCAUCAUGUCGGUGCUCGCUGUGGUCAUUGGGUGUCUUUUGGGAUUCUUCCUGAGGACGCGGCGCCUCACGGAGCAGGAGGUGAAGUACUUCCAGUUUCCCGGGGAGCUGCUGAUGAGGAUGCUGAAGAUGCUGAUUCUGCCCCUCGUUAUGUCCAGUUUGAUGUCAGGGCUGGCAGCCCUCGACGCCAAGUGUUGCAGUCGGCUCGGUCUGAUCACAGUGUCCUAUUACCUGUGGACCACCUUCGUAGCCGUGGUAGUAGGAAUCAUCAUGGUCUCCAUCAUCCACCCAGGCGGCGCGGCCCAGAAAGAGGACUCUGAAGAUAGCGUCAAGCCCAUCAUGAGUUCUGCUGACGCUCUGCUGGAUCUCAUCCGCAACAUGUUCCCAUCUAACCUGGUCCAGGCCACCUUUCAGCAGUAUCGAACGAGCAGCGUGUACACGGUGAAACCCAAGCCCGCGGUGAGUCAGGCCCAAUCAGAGUCCACCACGCGGCGAGCUCUCAUUUACGGUAUCCAGGACGAGAAUGGGACCGACAUCCAGAACUUCGCCCUCGACCUGACCCCGCCGCCCGACGUGCUCGUACGCAUUCGGGAAGGAACGAGCGACGGAAUGAAUGUCCUUGGAAUUGUUAUAUUUUCAGCCACCAUGGGUAUUAUGUUGGGAAGGAUGGGGCCCAAUGGCACCGCGCUGGUGAACUUCUGCCAGAGCCUGAACGAGGCCGUCCUUAGAAUUGUUGCCAUUGUUAUAUGGUACUUCCCGUUUGGCAUCGUGUUCCUGGUGGCCGGUAAGAUCCUGGAGAUGAGUGACCCGUCAGCCAUGGGGAAAAAGCUGGGCUUCUAUGCCCUCACUGUGGUGUUUGGUCUGGUGCUACACGGUUUGUUCAUCCUGCCUUCCAUGUACUUCUUCAUCACCAAAAAGAGCCCCAUCGUUUAUAUACGGGGGAUCCUGCAAGCCCUGCUCAUCGCCCUGGCAACGUCUUCCAGCUCUGCCACAUUGCCUAUAACCUUCAAGUGCCUCUUAGAGAACAACCACAUCGACCGCCGAAUCAUCCGCUUUGUGCUCCCCGUGGGCGCCACCAUCAAUAUGGACGGCACCGCUCUCUACGAGGCCGUGGCGGCGAUAUUCAUCGCCCAAGUUAACAAUUACGAGCUGGACUUUGGCCAGAUCAUCACCAUCAGUAUCACAGCCACUGCAGCCAGUAUCGGUGCAGCAGGGAUACCGCAAGCUGGACUGGUCACCAUGGUGAUAGUGCUAACAUCCGUUGGGUUGCCAACUGAUGACAUCACUCUCAUCAUUGCAGUGGAUUGGGCAUUAGACAGAUUCCGCACCAUGGUGAACGUCAUGGGGGAUGCUUUGGCCACAGGCAUCAUGGCACAUAUCUGCAGGAAGGACUUCAUGCAAGAGGGCGAUGGGGUGCCUUUGAUCUGCGAGCCCCAACCCGUGUUGAUGAACUGCCACAACAACGGCAACUACCGGCCCCCUUCUUCGGGAGUCAAACACGAGCUCGUCCCCUCCGACGUGGCCCGGCUGAUGCAGCUGGAGGAGGGCGUCCGGCCGCCUGCGGACAGGAAGAAGCAUCCGAUUCCCCCGAGGCACCUGAAGAAGGGCAAAGAGCACUGCUCCAUCGACAUGAACGGCCUUGAGACCAACGUAUAGCCUCCUGCUGGAGUUUGAUGGGCUGUUUGUGUGGAUGAGCAGAGGACUCUCUUACACAGGGGACUACAGCGCAGCCAGGCUCAUCUUCAUAUCUUCAUCUUAUUGUUGUGGGGGCAAAACUCAUUGGGGACAACAUGUCCUGAAAAGAGUGAACGCCUCGUAAUGGCAGUGAAAUGCUUUCUGUACGACUGGACAAGAAGCACGCUGAGAGAGGGAUUGAUCACACCCAGAGGACAACAACGUGAUUUUAUUCAUAAAACCUGUCCUCGGUGUGGACCUGCAGCAUCUAUACCUUUGAUUACAGGUACAUGCAUUGACGAACUGAUUUCCUAUUUGAUAUCUACAUUUUAUAUAAUUUUUUUUCUUUCUUCUGUUUUCAAAAUUUAAUUAGAAAUGUAUUCAAUUAAUUUUAUACGACUGAAAGCAACCAGCUGUUUGUGUCAUUAUAAGAGACAGGAUGGGGUUGCAAGUGUCUGGUUUUAGUUGAAUGAUCAGGAGGCAAAGUGAAAUGCCCUAAUUGUUUAAUUUUGCCUUAACAAAGCUGGCGGUGCUUUUGGCUCGACGGGAUGGCGGGGAAGAGAGAGAUGAAGACCAGAUCCAGAAUUUGACCUCCUCUCGUGGUCGUGAUACAGUACAAAUGUGAUACAAGGGGCAACAUAGAGAUUUGUUUGAACAGCAUCAGGAGAACUUGAUUUAACCCUCCUGUUACCUUCACAUUUACGAACAUAUUUUACCCUCGGGGUCAAUUUGACCCCAGCAAUUAAAACCUCCAGAAAAUUCUUAGAAUUAAUAUUGUUUCCCAAGUUUAAGUGUGAGGUACUUGAUGUGUGUUUGUUGACUACCUAAAUAGCCCUUUAAAUAUAUAAAAAAAGUUGAUAUUUCUUAUAUGUUUGACAGUGAAAAACAGCCUGGGGUCAAAUUGACCCCAAAGAACACCAACGUUAAACAUUGAAUGGGGUCAAAUUGACCCUAAAGGUAACAGGAGGGUUAAUUUAACUUUCUGUGCACUUGAAUAGCCUAAAACAACCACCGCUCAACAUAAGCAGAGAUUUGUUGCCGCUAUUUGCAAAAACAUAAACCAAGAGCUUUAUUGUCUUUAUUCACAACAUGUAAACUUACUUGGAACUUGUAGUCGUUGAUUAAAGUCUCUUACCAUUAUAUACCAGCACUAAAGGUAACACAAUACUGCUGCUAACACUGGCCCUGAAGUGAAGGCUCCCUGACGACUCUAUCGUGAGGCUUCGAGGAUACGAUGUUCUCCUUGGUUGCAUCGUUGGUUGAACAGUUUUUUUUCUCGAACAGAAGUUUUUCAAAGAGGGAAGCAGACCAGUGGGGCUCUCAACAGUUUCAGAGGAGGCUCAGUGAAAGCAGGUAAAAAUAAAAUAAGACAUUAGGUAUCCCAUUAGUUAUCAAAAGAGGAGCACAUAGAAUAGUUUUCAGUGAAGGUGUGUGAUCUGGAUAAAGUGAGAGUUCAGGGACACGGUAGUUUAGGGAAUUUUACUGUUUUUACCAUUUUCCCAAAGUCAGAAAUUAAGAAAUGACUUUGGCCAGACAUUGUCAAAUACUAACUUUAGCAUAUCUCAAGCAGUUGUUGAGUUUGCGGCGGGGUCACUAAUAGGCGGACCGCGUGUUGGUGCUGUUGUAUCUCGACCCAGACUUCAUAGCAAUAGAUAAUUGAGAAUCAUUACAUUUUUGACGGAGCACUUCUAUUGUAACUGGCGCACUUUUCAGGUCCGGAGGUGGCUGUCGAACAGCAACCCAGAGUCUCACACUUUGAAAACUCCAUCGUAAGCAGACAUUUGCAAUUUGGCAAUUUGACCAAUUCCGUGUGUUGGAAAUGAUAGCACGUGACGCUACGGCCAAUCAAGCGUGUGUAUCCCGAUAAGCAUCGCCCUCGACUUGAGUGAGAUGAACACACAUGGAGGAGUCAGAGAAGUUAUUUCACACAGUGUUCUCCAAAAAGAGAAAGAUGGACAGCUGAUCCUUGAACCAAGAAUGGACAGGCUGUUAUAUGUUCAGUCUUUUCAAAGGCAGUUCAAAACCAGCAUGCCUCGUGUGUUCAGAGACCUUGGUGAUUAUUAGUGGCAAUGUGAAGCUCCACUACGAGACAAAGCACUGAUCUUUUGAGGAAACACACCGACUCACAUCCGAAAUGAAGACACAUACAAAUAAGCAGCCCAAUAUGAUCAGAAGCCUCACAUUCAUUCACUGCCCAACAUGCAUCUUAAUAGAGAGGAGAAAAGAGGUGGAAAUAGUGGUUUUAUUAACUACAGAUAAAGUCCCUGGACACAAUUCUUUCAUUUUUCUAAAGUGAACUACUUUGAUGCACAUUUUUCCAAAAGCUUUCAGUUAUAUAUUUAAUUGUUUUAUUCAAUCCUUUAUUUACUUGAAAUGAGAGUCGAUGUAUUUGUUAUUAGAGUAUGUAUUGUUUAUAAUUCAUCCAGGUUUAUUUGAAAUCUGACAAUAAAUAUUGUUUAGAUAUUGUUCAAUUUCCAUAUUUUAAAUGACAUACAGACGUUAAUACAACUGUGGGGGGUCUUUUCAUCGUUGGCUGUUUAUAAGAUGUGAAUGUAGUCAUUGUGACGGCCCCCAUCUUGGCUUUUGGCCGCCGCCAUCUUGUUUUAUUUGCAACAAGAGGUGACAUGUGAGGGAGGAUCUAAUGACAACGGAGGUGUCCAAGAUGUGAGUUCACUUUUAUGAACUGAAAACCGACUAAAAAAGGGUUCAAGUUCUAAAACGAAAGCUCCACAAGUCUCAGAUCGGACAACGCUGUGGCAGCAACCCGUCAAUCACCAAGUAGCCACGCCCCACAGCAUAGCUUGCAUUAAUGUCUAUUUUAUUAUCGAUGGGACCAUGAUUUAGUAAUUGAACAUUAUGCUGUAUGGAAGAAGACUUAAAACUAGCGAUUGAGACCAUAAAGUCACAUUUACAAUGUUUACUGAUGGAAUAUAUGAAGUGAGAAGUAAAGUGGGUGUAUCAAUACAAUCAGAUUUAUUUUUACAAAUUGAGGAGUCGCUUCUUAGGUCAGUAGCAAUAAUGCAGGUUUUAGGCACAUCCUCAUUGGCUUCACUUUUCAGGUCCGGAGGUUGCUGUCUGAUCCUCUUCAGCAAAGUUUGUAAAAAUCAGACAGCAAACCAGAUUCUCCCACUUUGAAAACUCCAGAGUAAGCAGACAUUUGCAAUUUGACAAUUUCGGUUUUCCUUUCAAAUCUGGGACGAGUGAAUCCAAAAAUUGUGGUUAGCCAUCAAAAUGGCAGGUGUGAUCAGGAUGACCAAUCAAUCACUCUAUAGCAGCAGGUGCUUUCAGACAUAGGCUUACCAUCCUCAUUAAGUUGCAAACAUAUGAUGCAAAAUUCACGUGUACAGUUUUGCUUUGUGGCCAGUGUGAUCAGGAGGAUUUAUUCUUAUCCUUUAAACCUGAAUGUUUACAGGUGCAAUUUCAUUCUUAUCACAUACAGGCUCAAAUUUAGUCAAAUACUUCAUGUAUUUUGAUAUUUUAUCAACCUGUCAGAUUCCACGGUUGAACGGGUUGACAGCAUUUUUCUCAUGGAAAGAUAGUAGGCUACUCAGAGAUGUUUUGUUUCUUUCUUUUUACAGUUUCCGGCAUAUAUUUACGACAUUGGACAUAUUAGCUGCAUAUGAGAGUAUAUAUAUAUAUAUAUAUGUUUGAGAAAAGACAAAAGAGAAAUGAGCAGUGACACCGCCCUGGAUGGGAGAACCUGCUGAAAUAUCCAGCAGAUGUUCUUGUGAAUGUUAGGAAACACGAAGUCUUCUUCAGCCUUUUAAAAUAAUGUAUUGCUGUGUUCAAUGACUGUAUAUGUGACAAUACUAUAUUGCUGUUUGUGAAAGUGACACUGUAUUCAGAGCAAUAUAGUGAGUUUUUUGUCAUAUUAAAAAUAUUUGCUAACACUAAAAAAAAA